AUGGAGCACUAUCUGGAGAAGAGCUCUCGUAUUAGUCUUGAAGCAACUGAAAUAAUGACUGAGGAGUUGAUGAACUAUUUGUCUUUAGCAGAAUACAUGAAUGUGGAUGUGUCACCGUUACGCGAAUUGAAAGCAAUNAAAUAUUUACAAACCAAUUAUUCCAUCGAAUUCGUCUUUGUUGCCCAAGCCAUUCCAUUGAUAUUCAACGGCACGAAUAUUAUCGCUUAUUCACCAUCAGGUCAACCAGUCAUUGUUGUCACCAUAAACUAUCGUUUGGGUGUAUUAGCAGAUAUGUUCCUAAAUGAGUUAGUCGAAGAAGAUCCACAAUGGUCAACAGCAGAUGCAAACAGUGUGACUAUAUUUGGUCAAAGUGCUGGAGGUUUGUCUGUAACUGACCUAGGUGCUGUUAAAGGAUCUUCUGGUCUCUAUCGAACAGCAAUAAGUGAAUCCGGCUUGGGUUCACCUGGAACAUCGUCAUCGUACUAUAAUAUAAGUUUCGCUCUCAAUGCUUCGAAUUCAGUUGUUCAACGAUUGCAUUGUGAUUAUGAAGGUAGACGACGAUUACUUACAUGCAUUCGCAAUGCUUCCUUUGAUGAUCUUUUGCGCACAUAUGAUUCUCGAUAUACACGACCUAUUAUUGAGAAUUAUUUCUUUCCGUUGUAUCCACUAUUGGCAAUUAGUAGCGGUCAAUAUAAUAAUGUGAGUUUGAUCAUGGGUAAUAAUGACUAUGAACAACCGAUUUGUUUCGAACAUCCAUUGAUGACUUCGAGUGAAGCUUUAACAAAAAUUGCUGCUACCUUUUCUUCCGAACGAAGUCUAAUGAUCGCAGACUAUUACCAUUUGCAUAACUGUUCAAUGAGACCUACUGCUAAUGCUACUCGUUGCUGUGAUAUCGUUCGUCGAAUAUUAAUGGACUCUAUGUUUGACUGUGAUAUUCGUCGAUUAUUCAAUGCAUUUUAUGCAAAAUAUGGCGCACAGUAUGAGCAAGAUAAAUUAUUCUCUUAUCAUUUGAACUGUUACCCUCUAUGUCCUAUUGUACAGCAAGAAGGUAUAUGCUGCCAUUCAUCUGAAAUUCCAUUUGUAUUCGGAACUGUUAAUGACGUCGAUUCGCAACGGCAGUUUCAUUGUACGUGGAAUAAUCAAACGCGAUUUUUUUCGAACAAUAUCAUUUCACAUUGGAUCAGUAUUGCUCAGACAGGCAGACCACUUCAUAGAUGGCCAAGUUAUGAUCCAUUGGUACCGAAAUAUCUUUACCUUACACCCGACCAGGGCUUUUUACCUACGAAUUGGAAUAGAAAUUGCUCAAUUUUUGAUGAGAUUGAGGCAGAACAUGCGAGAGAAUUAUUUCAAUUCUGA